AACAUUGAGCUCACUCAGAAACACACUGAGUACGUCUCUCAGACACUCGACGAGAGACGAGACACCAAGUGUUUAUCAAACGUUGAGCAACAUUUUACUGCCGGUUCUUUCUCAAGACUGUCAGUCAGAUACACACGGAAGGAAGAGACUGAUGGAAACUAUGGGUGAGCAUGACUGUGUCUGUCCAAUGGGCAGUGGUGCCAGUAGACUCUACAGCUCCCUGGCCCAGACCCUAGUCAGCACCAGCACCACUACCACCCCGCUGGCCCAGCACCCCUCCCCCUCACAGGGGUGUCACUCUCCCCCGGGGGGGCACCCCCUGCAGCUGCUGAGGGAGUGUGAGGAGGCUCUACGGGACAGGCCUCCUCGCCUCCUCAGAGCCUUCAUCUGCCCCGGGGAGGGAGAGGUGGACAGGGAGGAAGUGGACAACGAUGCCACCCAGAGGACCAUCAGAGUUAUGCAGUGGAACAUACUGGCUCAAGCUCUAGGUGAAGGCAUGGACAGUUUCGUCAACUGUCCCCUGGAAGCCCUGAACUGGGCGGAGCGUAAAUACCUCAUCCUAGAAGAGAUCCUCACCUACCGGCCUCACAUCCUGUGUCUACAGGAAGUCGACCACUACUACGACACCUUCCAGCCAAUCCUGGCCAGCCUGGGUUACCGCGGCAACUUCUGCCCCAAGCCCUGGUCUCCGUGUUUGGAUGUGAAGGGCAACAACGGUCCGGAUGGAUGUGCUCUGUUCUACGAUGAAGCCCGGUUGGACUUGGUGGAUAGUGUGAAUGUCCGGCUGUGUGCCCUUUUCACACCCACCAACCAGGUGGCGGUCGUCACGACGCUGCGUUGCAGGGUGACAGGCCGGCGGCUGUGUGUUGCCGUGACGCACCUCAAAGCCCGGAGCGGCUGGGAAUGCCUCCGUAGUGCCCAGGGUUCCGACCUUCUCCGGAACCUCACCACCCUCACCCAAUCACCGGGGGGUCCUUCGGGUCCCAUCGGCGUCGCCCCAGACACCCCUCUCCUCGUCUGCGGCGACUUCAACGCUGUGCCUUCCGAGGACGUCUACCAGCGUUUCGCCUCGUCACCGUUGAUCCUUGACUCCGCCUAUAAACGGUUAAGCCGGGACGGGCUUUCGGAACCGGCCUACACCACGUGGAAGAUCCGGCCGACGGGAGAGUGUUGCAACACAUUGGAUUAUAUCUGGUACUCUAGAGAAGCGUUCAGUGUGGACGCCGUGUUGGAUAUGCCUACAGAGGAACAGAUUGGCCCCAACAGGCUUCCGUCGUACAACUACCCCUCCGAUCACCUCUCGCUGGUGUGUGACUUCAGCUUUAAAAAGCAGGAGGAGGAGUGAAGUGGAUCAUAUGGACAUUUGAUUGACAGAACGAGGGAUGGAGGGAACAGAACGAGGGAUGGAGAGAAAAGAAGCGCCACUGUCCCUCUGAGUCCGAACCCAUCUCUCUGGAGUAUGAUGACUGGAGAACAGGAGGAGGGAAAUAGCGAGGAGACUACCCGCUUGGUGUGAGCUUACUUUUCAGAAGUCAUGUUAUCGAUUUAAAACACUCGGAUUGAAGGAGAGACCGAGAGGAAUGGACUGGACAGACUGCUGAAACUAGGCUCUAUGGUUCCUGUCUACAGUAGAGGUGCUGUUGUUGUACCGCUGACACUGUGAUGAUUGGACUGGACAGACUGCUGAAACUAGGCUCUAUGGUUCCUGUCUACAGUAGAGGUGCUGUUGUUGUACCUCUGACACUGUGAUGAUUGCACCCUACCUGCUACUAUUGUCCUGGGCUGCUUCAGUUCAAGCGGGUAAUCCUACAGAGCAGGAUCAAGGGGUUAGCCGGCUAACUAGGAGUUUACUUGCCUAAAUAUUCUGAAGUAUUACAGUGCAUUUUGGGAAGUAUUCAGACACCUUGACUUUCUUCAAAAUGUUGUUACAUUACAGCCUUAUUCUAAAAUUUAUGUUUUUCAUCACAAUCUUCACAAUACUCCACAAUGGACAAAGUCAAUUCAGGUUUUUAGAAAUACAUCACUUAUAGCAAUACUUUGCUAUGGGCCUUGAAAUUGAUCUCGGGUGCAUCCUGUUUCCAUUGAUCAUCCUUGAGAUGUUUCUACAACUUGAUUGGAGUCCACCUGUGGUAAAUUCAAUUGAUUGGACAUGAUUUGGAAAGGCACACACCUGUCUCUAU